AUGAGCGGUAUUUCACUGUUCCUCUUCUUUGAAGGUUCAAAGUCGACGGCGCUGCUUUCACCCGGCAACGUUUUGCGUUUGGCGCGCGACCGUAAAACCGUGGGACAUUCCAAUGGCGUCGGCCUCUGCGGCGGCGGCGCGGCCCCAAUCGUGGAAUGGGCGGCCUUGGCCUCCCAGCCGGCGGCAGUUCUCGCUUUUGCGACGACUUGUCGACAGAUUGACGGAUGGCCGCUCCAGCGUCGCAGCGAUCAUUUCCGGCACUCCGACAGAGUUGUCAGACGUCAACGCGUCGGCAUUGGCGGAGCGUGUGAGAGCAGCCUU